AUGUCGCUACAAGGUAAAGUCGCCAUCGUCACUGGUGGUGCCCGAGGCAUUGGAGCAGGAAUCGCCCGCAGUCUCAGCAAACAGGGAGCAAAGGUGGCCAUCAACUAUGUCUCCCUAUCCUCCAAAGUCGCCGCAGAGGCUCUCGUCGAAGAACUCCGCAACAACAACACCCAAGCCAUCGCCAUCCAAGCCGACAUGACCGACCCGACGUCCCCAAAAACCAUCAUCCAAAGCACCCUAUCAGCAUUCCAAACCGACCACAUCCACAUCCUCGUCAACAACGCCGGCGCCGGCGACAACCGGCCCCUCGAAGACAUCACCCUCGACAGCUACACCACGCUAAUGGACACCAACGUGCGAGCCGUGAUCUUCAUGACCCAGGCCAUCCUGCCAUAUCUGCCGCGUAGUGGCCGAAUCAUCAAUCUCUCCUCGAUCUCUGCUCGCGGCGGCUACCCCACGCAGUCGGUCUACGCGGCCUCUAAAGCUGCCGUCGAGGGUCUUACCCGUGUCUGGGCCACCGAGCUGGGUCAUAAAUACGGUGUCACUGUGAAUGCGGUGAAUCCGGGCCCGGUGGAUACGGAUAUGUAUCAGGCUGCCGGGCCGGUUCAUCUGGCGCGCAUGGAGGAGCAGAAUAAGAAGGUGCCUGCGGGUCAGAGGUGCGGGACGGUCGAGGAUAUCGCGGAUAUUGUUACGUUUUUGGCGGAGGAGAGGUCGAGAUGGGUUACGGGGGAUGUUAUUUGUGCGAAUGGGGGGAUGGUGUAUACCUGA